AUGGAAGAGAUGAGCCAAAUCUACCUCGAACAUUCUCAACAAGUCGAGGAGGCUGACGACUCCCCAACACCCAUCAUGGAUCAUUACUACUUCCAAGGUGGCAACAACGCCCUCGCCACCAUGGUAAAUCUCAAUCAAUCCGAAUUCGAAACAGUCUGGGCGAUUGUCGAGUCCGUCCUGGAUGCCCAUUUCAUGACACUUGCCGUGUUGAAGCACUACAACGCUUGGGACAAACACGCUUUGAAUUUUGGUAUGAAGGCUCCUCCUACCUUUGCGAAAAUGGUCCAACGUGUCUUGGACCUUGUGGAGCCUGUCUUGUUCGAGCACUACGUGAAGCCACCAUCAAUGACGGAGCAAGUGCGCAAAGACCAUGAUUUUGAAAACUUUCCGUCGGCCUUGUACUGCACUGAUGUCAAGUUUCAACCAUCGUACCGCCCAACUGGCCGAUUUGAUGAGGCCAAACACUACUUCUCUGGUAAGCAUAAACUCUAUGGCCUCAAGCUCGAAGUCUCGGUUGCUUACCCCGGGUUUGCCGUCGCCGUGUCUGAUCACAGCCCAGGCUCUGUGUCUGAUGUGUCCAUGUUCUACAAUCGUGGGAAGAUUCAUCGCAAGAUGCUCAGGAAAUCCAAUACCGAGAUGGACAUUGCAGACCAGGAGGAUGGGGUUGACCGUUGGCAUGACCUCACGCCUCGUGACCUGGAGCGCAGCAACAAGGUCUCUUCGGAUCGAGUCCUUGUCGAAAACUACUUUGGCCGCAUGUGCAGUCUCUGGAAGAUCAUGUCGGUCACCUACAAGUGGAAUGAGUCCAAGUUUGACCAGAUGGAAUCUACUAUCAUGGUGUACUGGCUGGUACAGUAG